GUUUCUCCGCCUCUCGCUCUUCCUGUCAAUUCCCCUCUCUCUCUAGACUUUGCCCCAUAUAUAUAUAUAUAUAUAUAUAUAUUUAUUUACGCGUAUGUAUAUGAUAUUGAUAUCUGCAUAAUUUUAUGUUACUGAAUUUGAAACCUUCUUUGAAGUCUCAAUUGAAUGGGGCAGCAACAAUCCAAAGAGGAGUUACUGUAUGAGCAGGUUAUUGUUGGAAACGUUGAAGCUAUCAAAGCUCUUUGCGCAGAUGGUGCAGGUCUUGAGUGGAUUGACAAAGAUGGAAAGACCCCACUCAUUGUGGCUUGCAUGAUUCCCGAGCUAUUGAUUGUUGCGAAAACGUUGAUUGAACUUGGGGCAAAUGUCAAUGCUUACCGACCCGGGCGUAAUGGGGGUACUCCCUUACAUCAUGCAGCAAAAAGAGGCCUGGGCCAGUCUGUAAAGUUGCUUUUGUCCUCUGGAGCAAAUCCUUUAGUGAGGAAUGAUGAUGUUCAAACUCCACUUGAUGUUGCAAGAAUGAGAGGAUUCAGCAAUGUAGUCCGUGCUGUUGAGAGUCAUAUUUGCUUUUUCUCUGGCUGGCUGAGGGAGUUCUAUGGUCCAGGCUUUCUCGAAGCAUUUGCUCCUCAAUUGUUAUCAAGAAAGAUUUGGGCCGUCAUCAUACCUUGUGGUUCUUAUAAUCCUACAAAACCUCUGAAAUUGGAGCUAGUCAUUUAUUCUACUAUGCAGGAUGCCCAGCCCCGUACAGUUGUUGCUCUAUGGAAGGCCAAUAUUGAGGAACAAAACUUCCAGCAGCCAAAUCCUGCACUGAUAAUAUUUGACAAAUCCACCAAAACGCGAUACAAGUUUGCACCUGCCAAUGACGGUGACAGAUACCAACUUGAAUGUUUAUACAAUGCAUGCAGAGGGACUCCUCAGGUUGUACCUCCCCCAGUACUGCCUAAUACCCAAACAUCAGUUCAACCCAAUGCAACUCAAACUGCUACAGAAGCGGCAGAAUUAGCUAUGUCAAUUAAUGCUUCCAUUCAGUCUGGCAUGGAGGAUAGACCUCCCCUUCAUCCUAACAACCACCUGAGCUCUGAAGCUAAUAAUUUAAAUGGUUGGGAAAAUACUACAAAUGACACGAGUCACAAUGGUUGGGGCGCACUUGGUGGAUCCAAACCUUCAGAAGCAAGCAGCAGCGGAUGGAUUGGUGAACCAGCUAAAGAAGAUAACAGUGGUUGGAGUGUGCCUGUGUCUAAGCCCACUAGCAAUCCAACUCAAGAUAUUCAAACGCCACCAGAUAAUGUUGUUCCUAUUGUUCAAACAAGCAAUGCAGUUCCUGCAUUGGUUUCUUCAGCUCCGCCAACUCCUUCAGCUCCACCAGUACCUGAGGAUAUUUUAGAAGGAGCAGUUCACUACCCAUCAAUUGAUCUCAGCCCUGUAGACAUGUAUAUUCCUUCUAUAGAGCAUGGAAAUUCUACAGGUAGUGAAGCUAAAGAUGAAGGUGGUUCUUCCUCAUGCGUGAUUUGUUGGGAAGCUCCAGUAGAGGGAGCGUGCAUUCCCUGUGGUCACAUGGCUGGUUGCAUGUCUUGUUUAAAUGAGAUCAAAGCCAAGAAGGGGGAUUGCCCAGUUUGCCGAGCCAAGAUAAACCAGAUUAUAAGACUCUAUGCUGUUUGAGGUCUGACCAGUGAGCAUGUAAUAUCGAGUUUGCACUAUGUGUGUGUGUUAUAUCAAAAUUCGUUUCAAGUCUGCAUGUUGCAAAUGGGGAGUAACAAUUUUUGUAAGGUUGACUUUCAGCAGAAUUUUACAACUUCAGAGCAGCCGUGAGAAUGUCUUAGAGAAAAACUUUGCAGUCUGUGGCGUUCGGGCGUGGGAAACAUUUUCUGGGGUGUGUAUGAAAUGAUGUAGAGGUGAUUUGAUCUUGUAAUAUUCCUUUUGGGCCGGUGAACCAAGUGAACAGUAUAAGCAUGUAACAUGAAGAUGGCUCAUUUUGCAUUCAUCAAAGUAAGAAGUUUUGUGGGCUGCAGUUGAUGAAAUAAAAAUGAAUGAGAUUUGAUGGUCACGGAUAGAAGUGGCUGUCCUUUUCGUUUCUGUUUGGGCUUUCUUCGAUUGUGAAUUUGCGAUCUUGUAUGGUUUCAAAAAAUUGUGCUUGUGCUUGGUGGAGCUUGUAAAAUAUGUUCACUAUUUAUUUUA